AUGUCAACCAUCCAUAUACCUGAAGACAUUUUAUGCCACAUAUUUAGCUUCCUCGAUUUCAAAGAUUUACUACGUUGCAGUGCGGCCUGCGAAAUUUACAAAGACACCAUUGAUGAUUCGUCGCUCUUGCAAUGUAAAAUCGAGCUUGGUGCACAGCGCAUGGUGUCGCUCCCAGGUGCCUCAAAGAUACCCGCCAGCGAGCUGUACGAGCUACUGUGGAAGAGAGAACAAGUUUGGUACUACUUUGGCUGGCGCCGCUUCUCAUCGCACACAGUGGGUCUUCCCCCUGGGCGUAUACCUUUUGUUUCUACUGCAGGUGGGCUGAUAAGCCUUUGGGACGGACGUCUGGGUGAGGUGUACGAGCUUCCUGCAGAUUUAUCUGAGAGGUCGACCGAACUCCAGUUGAGAAGGACCCAUACACAUCCAGGUCAUCUCGACGUCAGGGGAGUUGCUAUCGAUCCGUCACAAGAUCUUUCGGUCCUUGUCACAUUUGCACCUCCAACUGCGAACUAUACCUACGACCUUCAUCUCAAAACUAUAAACACAAACGAGCCCCAUCCCCUUGCGGGAAAAUCACAUCUAGCGUCCGCAACGAGAUUACAGGAUUGGCCUUACCGUGUUCGAGUCCGAAUUCUGGGUCCAGUGAUCGCGUUUCUCCCUCUGGUACUCUCCGAAGUACCAGAACGCUGUUUCAGCGGACAUGUGCUACAGACUUGGAACUGGAAAGAGCCAGGUGCUACAGGGCGUAAAUUAGUUAACCCAAAAAUGCUAGAUUUUUGCUUCUUGACCGUGGACGCUAUACUUGUACUUCUUGCGACCGGCGUGAUCGAAGUAUAUUCUUCUAAUGAGCUAGAGUUCACGUGUAUCGCAAGAUACGCAUUACCAAAGGUGCGCCAGGGAUUCGUCUGCUCCCCUGGAGGAGGUGGCACCAUAUCUUGCAACGCUCCAUAUCUCUCCACCCUUCCCUGGACCACUAGCCUGGCCGAGUCAUACCCUUUACCAUUCUACCCCGAUUCGCAGGAACGGAUAUGUGCGAUCACGUUCGGUCACGUCUUCUUUAUCGAUAUGCGAGUAUUCUUCUCUUCACACGGGGUAUAUUCGACCCAACUCGGCGUAUCUGGCGCAUUGACACGCCCUUGGGCUUCCUGGGGCCCACAAAACUCACGGUGCUUUCCUAGCGAUUGGCCGUUUGGAGUUUUUGGCAGUAAGGCCGUUGGCAUCUAUCGUGUAGGCCACAAAACCGCCCCGUUUCGCCUGAAACUGCGUGAAUUCAAUCCCUAUCUCCUGCGGCGCAACGAUUCAGGAGAGAGCGGUCGUAGUUGGGUCGUAACAUCACCAUCAACCAUCUCAGCGAAUCAUGCAUUUGCAGAAGAUGUGACGACCUGUCUUCCAUACCGCGAGGCCAUCGGCGGAUGGGAAUGGUUCGAUGACCUUGAGGACACAUUUGAAAUGUCAGUGGAUGAUUCGAGGGUUGUGAUUGUGAAGGCAGAAGGGUCGGGUCCUCAGAUCACGACCAUCCUCGCAACGUUCACAUUCUGA